CUCAGCCAGUCCGUAAGCGGUCCCUAACCGAAGGCCCGCCUCCCUUGUCAGCAACGAUCGCGUGCCAAUCGCCCCCCCGGAAGUGGCCUUAACUUAUACCCGAAUCGCUCGUAACUCGCGGCGCUCGCGAAGCGAAGAGCGACGCAAAGAGUGAAAAAGAAGGAGAGGAAGGAAGAAGCCGACUAGAAGUGUGGCAAGGAGAACACAACACCAUUCCUUACACUAAUAUCCUUUUACCAACAAACUGAGACUCCUGAUUAUUACCUGAGGAUGAAAUCCUCUACGGUGCUAAUUGCCCUGGCGACCAUCGCAAUCGCUGGCGCCACAAGGACUAAGCGACAGGCUACAGAGGAGCCCAAGAAGGAGGAAAGCUUCGAGAACGAGAUUUGCAAGGACAAAGAUGCCGGAGAGUGGUUCCGACUCGUUGCCGGUGAGGGUGACAACUGCCGUGACGUUAUCCAGUGCACAAGCUCAGGUCUUCAGGCUAUCAGAUGUCCGGCCGGUCUCUACUUCGACAUUGAGAAGCAGACUUGCGACUGGAAGGACUCGGUCAAGAACUGCAAGCUGAAGAACAAAGAGAGGAAGAUCAAGCCUCUCCUUUACACCGACGAGCCAUUGUGUCAGGACGGUUUCCUCGCCUGUGGUGACGGCAACUGUAUUGAACGUGGUCUCUUCUGUAACGGAGAAAAGGACUGCGGCGAUGGCUCGGACGAAAACACCUGCGACAUGGACAACGACCCCAACAGGGCGCCACCGUGCGAUCCGGCAGUCUGCGUUUUGCCGGACUGCUUCUGCUCCGAGGAUGGAACUACAGUUCCGGGUGACCUGCCGGCCAAGGACGUGCCCCAGAUGAUCACCAUCACUUUCGACGACGCGAUAAACAACAAUAACAUCAACCUCUACAAGGAGAUGUUCAACGGAAAGCGGAAGAACCCGAACGGCUGUGACAUCAAGGCGACGUACUUCGUAUCCCACAAGUACACCAACUACUCGGCGAUGCAGGAGACUCACAGAAAGGGACACGAGAUCGCCGUCCACUCCAUAUCUCACAACGACGACGAGCAGUUCUGGUCCAACGCGACGGUCGACGACUGGGCGAAGGAAAUGGCCGGUAUGAGGAUAAUCGCGGAGAAAUACGCCAAUCUUACCGACAACAGCGUGGUUGGAGUGCGUGCUCCAUAUCUAAGGGUUGGUGGUAACAACCAGUUCACGAUGAUGGAGGAACAAGCCUUCCUCUACGACUCGACCAUCACGGCGGCCCUGAACAACCCGCCACUAUGGCCGUACACUAUGUACUUCAGGAUGCCGCAUCGCUGCCACGGAAACCUCCAGCAUUGCCCAACGAGGUCACACGCUGUCUGGGAGAUGGUGAUGAACGAGCUGGACCGCAGGGAGGACCCUGAAAACGACGAGUACCUGCCGGGAUGCGCGAUGGUCGAUUCGUGCAGCAACAUCCUGACCGGUGACCAGUUUUACGACUUCUUGAACCACAACUUUGAUCGGCAUUACAAGCAGAACCGCGCGCCGCUCGGUCUCUACUUCCACGCCGCCUGGCUGAAAAACAACCCCGAGUUCCUAGACGCGUUCCUCUACUGGAUAGACGAGAUACUGAGCAGCCAUAACGACGUGUACUUCGUCACGAUGACCCAGGUAAUACAGUGGAUACAGAAUCCGAGAACCAUCAGUGAGUCGAAGAACUUCGAACCCUGGAGGGAGAAGUGCUCGGUCGAAGGACCCCCGGCCUGCUGGGUACCCCAUAGCUGCAAGCUCACCUCGAAAGAGGUUCCCGGGGAGACCAUCAACCUCCAGACUUGCGUCAGGUGCCCGAAUAACUACCCCUGGAUAAACGACCCGACCGGCGACGGUUUCUUCUAAACACGUUACACCCCCAAACUAGCUACGAAUUAAUUUCAACAACAGUCCAUCCCCAAUGAGAGUUAAAGAAAAGAAAAUAGAUAAGAACCAGCAAUAACGCUAUGGGAACAAGAUAUACGUAAGAUUAUCAACGACGCCAAGUGCAUAUUAUAUAUCACCACUAUUUCCCCCCCCUCAUUUUUACUUCUCAAUAUUGAGAGGAGGUGUUGACAGAGUAGAAAGAGAAAAAACAAAAACGCGGAACAAAACAUCCGGAAACGCUUAGAAUCUCGAUGUACACUCUGUGAAUAAUUGACCGUAAUAAUAUCAAUCGGUCUACACGAAUUAUGAAUAGGCGCUUGACUUCGUUGCAGACUAUAUAUCGCCUAUCAAGCAAUCGUAUACCUGCAGCCUUUCAUAUAAAAGCGGUAUUACGGCAAAGGCGGCCGGCAAAUCGACCCUCUGGUCAUUAACGUCGGACUGUGGAAGCGCGGAAUAUAAUCCGGCAAUACUUGUCGUUCUUUUUUUAUUUAAAAUUUUUUUUCACUGUUUCGCUCUUAAAAGAAAAAACUUUUUACACAUACUGAAACACAGAAAAAACACAUCCGGACUACAAUUUCCUGUUCCGUCUGGAUUCUAAUUUCUUACGUUUCAUUUUUUGUUUCAUAUAUUUCAUUUUUUUUCCACGUAAUACACCGCCGCGAUUUUUCCACGAGUGAUGAUGGAAUUCCUGCCCUUAUUUUCCAAGGGUUGAACAAAAAUUGAAAAUAUAUGUAAGAUCAAGGGCAAGAACAAAAAUAAAGCCAGGAAACUAUGAAAUUAUACUAUUAUGUAAUGAUAAUGACUAAAAUAAUGGUAAUAAUGAUUAUAAAUUGUAAUAUGUAUAAUGUAUGUAUUGUAUGUGUAUAUAUGCGUUUAUAUACUGUAUAUGUACAUAUAUGUAUAUAUACUACACUAUACUACCAUGAAUCUGUAUGUGUUUUUACACAUAUACGUGUAUGUACAUAUUUGUAUUAUAAAAUAAGUGAUAUACUGUUUCAACAAAAGUUUACUAAGGAAAAAAAAUACCACUAUGACGUUAACAAAAAUCAAGACAACAACGACGAUGACGAUGACGGUAGAACAAUGUUUAAAACAAAAAAAAACACAUAAAGAAAAGAAGAAGAAGAAGAAGA